UGGCAAUAUUUCGUAAAUAAGUAAAUAAAUAAAUAAAUAGAACAAUAAAUUGUUUAUGUGAGAGUUGCAUAAAAAAUAAACCGAGUCACAAGCUGUGUGUGUUUUCAAAUGAAUGAAUGAAUUCUCUGACUGCAAUUUGAUAUUCUGGGCUCUUCCUUAUGCUCGAUAACUUAUCGAUAAAUAAAAUACUAAUUAACAGGCUUCAUCACGACCAGAUCAAGAGCAGUGAAAUAUGGUGGAAGUUAAAAAGCGUCCUGCAAAAAAGAGGAAAAAUAAAGAACAGUCUGCAUCUGCAAAGACAACAACUGCGCCUUGUUAUAGAGUGGAAGAUGUCACGAUUUGCGAUGUGUUGACAAUUUACAGUCACGUUCCAAAGCUUCAGGCAGUGGAGCGCUACUUGAAUCUUCUCUAUCGCCCAUUCACCUGUCAGGUGAAUACGAAAUGCCGUUACAAACUCAGCGAAAUGGCGUCUUUUCUAUCAAUGACAUGCUACGAGCCGAACAAACAUUCGGCUCUCUUAGUGCGCAUCCCGCGACCCGCGUGCAACCUAAAGGUCUACGCUAAUGGGAUGAUAAUUAGCCAAGGCUACAGCUACGAAGGCGCUGCAUUAGGCAUACACCGCAUGGUGGAUUACGUCGAAGAAUUUGGCUACCGUCCUGUGAUAAGCAAGAUAACAUUCAACGUGGUUAAUGCAACGUUCUCAAUGCCAUUUGCGAUUGAUCUAAAGGGUUUCUAUGAGGAGAAUUUGAAGCUUUGCAGCUACGAUCCACAAACAAAUCCAUAUCUUAUGUAUGAAAUGCCAGAUUCGAUAGUCAAAUUGUCCAUAUUUCCCCAAGGAUUCGUGUAUGUGCUAUUGGCAUGCUCGCCACGUCUCACUCAAGAUGCCAUAAGUCAAAUUCUGCCGCUUCUCUAUCGCCAUCGUGUCGAGGAAUUGGUCAAGGACGAUAAAAGGGAGUUGCUGCUCAGUUUUGGCGACAUUAAUUUCACAUUGCUCUGGGAGAAGGAAUUUCAAAACGCAUUCCAGCAUAUUCCCGGCCAGCAACGAGUCCAACAACAAGUGAAACUUUAAAUUUUUGUGUUGUCGGUAGAGAACACAUGCAACUUUUGCUCUCUAUGCUCAUAAAUGUCGAAAUGCAACGCCCCAAGUGCAGCAAACUUUUGUCGGUUAUUUAAAUGACAAGAGCCGUUAUAAAUACACACACAUACACACGUGGCUAAUGCCAAGCGAAAACAAUGUGAAAAAUGCCGUUGGCUAAUAAGUAUUAUUCAACUAAAUAUCACAAUUUAUAUGCAAACAAAGUUUUAGCAAUUUUUCGUUUAUACAUUUUAAUUUUUUAUCAACUUUGUCAGACCAUUGAAAA